UUGUACAGGAGGAAGCAAGCAAGAAAGUGUGUGUGUUCUUGUUGGUGUGUUCUUGGUAGUCAUGAGAGAAUAAUUUUAAGUUUGUGUAAAGUUGAUGUAAAACGAAGUAAUUUAUCACAAUUACUUGUCAGAAUGGCGUUAAAUUUAACUAAAGCUUUGCAGAUGAAUGUAUUUAUUAAAUCAGCAAGCUCUGCCCUUCGACAAGAAUGUCAAAUUUCUACUACUGCAACAUGUCACAGGAUUUCUGUUGGUCGAUACAAACGUCUGGAGGGUCGUUCCCAGCUCCUGACCUAUGAGCAAGCCACUAAACCUCAUGAAAUUGCUCAUUGGAAAAGUUGGAAUUCUUGGAAUACGAGCAAUCUUCUUGGUGGUCGACGUACCCAGCUCACUGCAAUCGAAGAUAUGUUUAUCCGGAGGUUUAUAUAUGGAUCCUGGUUUUGCAGUGUUGUAGGAGAGCAAAUUAUCAUCAAACGUCAGCAUAAUAUGAUACGUAUAGCAUUUUUAAUUUCUAAAAGAAUGAAUCCUCAGUCUGUAUAUUUUCUUACUGGUUUUUCUGAGGAAAUGCUUAGUAUUUGGUUGCACUGCCCAGUAAAACUAGAGAUACAGGCAGUUGAGCCCUUUGAAGGAUUUGUUAAGGUUCUUGAUCCUGCAUAGGAUAUUUUUUUCUGAAGCGGAUGAUCAAGUAGAACUGUUAAUAUUUUCCUUUUUUGAAGGAACUGUUUAUAUUAUAAAAAAUAAAAUACAAAUGAAGCAA